AGGACGAGUUCACGGCGGCGGGGGGACGGGGUCGCUGCACCAAGGCGGACUACAUACGCUGCUGCAAGUUCUGUUACCCUCUCUGUGCUUUUGUCAUUCUGGCCGCCUGCGUGGUGGCGUGUGUGGGCCUGGUCUGGAUGCAGGUGGCUCUCAAGGAGGACCUGGAUGUGAUUAAGGAAAAGUUCCGAACCAUGGAGUCUAAUCAAAAGACAUCCUUCCAAGAAAUUCCUAAACUGAAUGAAGAUUUGGUGCAGCAGCAAAAGCAACUAGAGCAAAUUGAGACUGGAGAACUGGGGCUGAGUAAAGUUUGGAUAAAUAUCACAGAGAUCAAUAAACAGAUAACGCUAUUGACCUCAACAGUAAAUCAUCUCAAAACCAACGUGAAGUCUGCUUCUGAUUUGAUUUCUCUUCCUGUCACAGUAGAGAAACUCCAGAAGACUGUAGCGACCAUAGGCAGCACUCUUACCAGUGUUUCUCAUGACGUUGAAAACAUACAGACAGCUAUUGAGGAAUACAAGAAAUCCAUCGAAAUACUCCAGAAUGACAUGAAGGAACUGAAACGCUCCACUGCUCUGCCCACGACUGAGAAAAAUCAGACAGAAAAUUGCAAACAGGAAAGCCAGAUGCUCCACGUAGCCUUGGAGGAGCUAAAUAAUACUGUAGUGACAAACCAGAAGUUGAAUGACAUUAAGCUUCUAACCGUGGAUUCAGCCAUUGGUAACCUCAGCCAGAGGGUUAUGCUAUUGGAAAACACUCCUGUUGCUGUGAAUAAGCUGGACAAAAGAAACAACUUGUCUGCCAGUCUGGGGAAUGAUACAGCUACCUCUCUAAAAGUGGAAAAUGAAGAUCAACCAGAUAAUGAAACGCAUUCAAAUAAAGAACUGAAGGAAGCAGGAACCAGAGAUUCUCAGGAAUUAAAUAUCAGGGAGAAGCUUCAGCUACUCAAUGCUCGUGCAAGUAAGCCAGAUGAUGACCGACCCAUUGAGACAUCAAAGAAUGUUGAAAGUAGUCCUAGUGCUAUGACAAAGCCCACAGACCUUUCAAGGCUGGCUUCACGGUCAGCUGAUGACAGCACAGAGAAGAACAGACAGCUGAGACAUCUGUCCUUCCCAGGAGUUUCCAGCAUAGAAGAUCUUCAGGAUUUGUUUGACAAAGCACAUGAAGAUGCUGAUGGAAAACUGUCAUUUGAAGAUCUUCAAAAGCUGCUGGGCUCUGCAGCCCAAGACUCACAGAUCUUUAAGAAAUUUGACACGGAUGGUGAUGAGAAAUACUCAUUAGAAGAACUGAGAUUAGCUUUGGGUGUAUAGGAUAGAGGUGUAGGGAUGUGAUAUUGAGGAAUGCUACUGUAGGUAAAGGAAACUACGGGACAUGAAAAAAACUGCACUUUCCCAGUGUUUUAUUGACCUUUGGAGUGUACACAUUGACAUCUCUUUUUUCGUUUGAGUUUAUUGAAAAGAAAUUUACAGGUUUAGAUGUCAAUAUGGCAUAAUAUUGGGACUGUAUUACAAUCAGAAAAUUCCCAAACUUGUUUAGAAGCACUUGCUGGUCUUUCUUUCUGAGGGAGUUCUUGUUUUUAAUUUAAAAUGUGUACAUACAAAAAUAAAACUAUGGUUUUAUAUUUCACUGAAAUUUGCCUUAAAUUAGAGAGCUGCACUUUACGUAAAGCAGAAAGAAAUCUGUCUUGUAAAGAUGGGCUUUUUCUGCUUGUAAAUAUCUGAAAUAGCUUAAAUUAUGCAUAUUUAAGGAGAAGUUAGUGUCAGGGGUUGUGUUGGCAGUAAACUGUUUAUAAUGAGAGACUCGAGCCUAAAAAGAGUGGUUGAGAGCUUCAGCUGAAUUCUAGUUUUAACUCAGUAUAUCCAUGGAUAUUUUGUUUGAAGUUAGGCAGAGGAAGGAAGGAGAGAGGAACCAUGCACAUCUAUAGCAGGACUUACUUUCAGAGGGAAGAGUUGAAUGUGUUUUUAUAUCAUGAGCCUACAGGAGCAAUUACCUACCAAGUGCUUGGGUUUUCACUUCAGCAUUCUUUUAGCUUUGCUGUAUUGCAUCCAGAUUACAUUUUUUAAGAUGAGCCUAACUGGUUUGAAAAAGAAGCUACUGAAGAACUUUAACAGAUACUGAAGAGGUAAAAAGCCUACAAUGCAGCCUGCAUUGAGUAGCAGCCCAAUAGCUCUAACCUUGCUCUCUGUGCAGGUAGAAGUGCACUGAGUCACGCUGACUGAUUACUGCAGACCUUGUGAUCAGGUUUGCUGAUGCUGCUGGCUUCUUCCACCCACUGUUGUUGAGGUCACUGAGGAAGUGCCCUGAUUAAAGCUCCUUGUCAGUAGGAUUGUGAGCAGGUGGGGAAGGUUAAAGUAGAAUUUGUUGUUGUUUCUUUUUUUUCCUGGUUAACAUGCAUGUGAUUGCUUCUUGGUACCUUAACCUUUGUCUUCUCCUCAGCAGAAGGAUUUAAAAGGCAGAGCAGGCGGUUGCAUCAGCGGUCUCUACUGACAGGUGCUUUGUGAGUGAGGUUUCCUUGGUACAGAGGAACUUAAAGCUGUGUUAUGCUAGUGGAUCUAAACACCAAGCACGUUUGUAAUCUCCUGGAACAGGACAAAAUACUUUUGCAGGAGGUGUUAUCUUGCAGGCCAGAUCAGGGCCAAAUCAGAUGAUUCUGCUCACAGUAUCACUAAUCUUGUUGGGAGCUUUUUUUGCAUGAUUAGUGAAUUGAAUGUACCCACCUCACCGAAACAUCAGUUUAUGUGGAAGUCAGUUCAUAGCUGUUGAAUUUUGUGUAACUUUGGGCUGGAUGUUUAUAGUUGUGUGAAUAAUUGUAUUCUGGAAGUAUAUAUCAGUGGAGGAAAGUGCAAAAUGAAACCCUUUUACCCAUUGCCUAGGCUUCUCUCACUGUUGCUCUUCUCUCCUAUUUGGGUAAUGCAGACAUGACCCAGUAAGGAGAUGCUUUCGAUGUGACAUUUUAAAGCGCAGUAUUUCAGAACAAAUCCAACCAACCUUGGCUUUAAGAGGCCAAGAAGCCAAUAUUUGCUUCUUGCUGCUUCCUGCACCCUUUUAUACACUUCCGUAUAAUUCCUUAACCAAAUAAUAAUAAUAAAACCCUAGCAAUAAAAUGUAACCAUUCUGGUAUUUUAUUUGUACAUACUGUAUCAUAGCCAUAUGCCAGAGUUUGCAAAAUAUUUUUGGAAGUAUAAUUUGUACGAAACUUACCUUAAAAUUUAAGGAAUUAUUGUAUUGCCACGUGAACCUACUGGUGUUUUGUUACUGUAUGCUUUACUUUCUGAAGGCUUUUCAACAGCAAUAGUGAAGUUUUUAGCUAGAGCUUGUUGAGAAUAGCAUGAGAUAGCAGUGUCUUCUGUAUGCAGCCAAGGAGCUCCGUUGGUAACCUGUUGGCAUUAAGGCACAGCUGUCUGUGGUGCUGCUUAACAUGCAUGUCCAGAGUGCGGCUGGUUGCUGUUGUUGCUGCCAUGUAGGAUGGACUUGUGCUUUGAGUUUAACAAAAUAUUACCAUGUAGGAGUGCAGCAGUAGCUUCUGUUUGGCCUAGGCUUGCUGGUAGCUCUUUGUUGCAGCCUUGGAGCACUGCUGUGAUCUUCUCUGUGCCUCUGAUCUCUAUCCCAUGUGCUUCCUCUGCUGUUGUGUGCUCGUGGCAGAGGGCGUAAGUGAGGGAUGGUGAAUGCGUUUGUCCAGAUCUGUGAGGGUAUGGUGGGAUGUUUGUGUGGGAGCCCAGUGGCACGGCCUGCCCUUGGCAGCAGUCCUAGGGCAGAUGGCUGAAACCAGGAGGUGAAAUCGGAGAAUCAUUACGGUUGGAUCAAUGAGAUCAUUGGCAGCAGCGAGCACUCUGGGGCUGAUUUAGGGCUCUGAGGUCAAGCAAGGUGACCUCACAUUGGUGUGGAGGCUCCUGGGUGGCCACAAGCGCUGCCAUCGGGGUGCAGCCCUGCUGGUGCUGUGGGACGGCUGUGCCCAGGCUGCAGCGGGAGCGCCGUGCCACUCCUACGCUCUGAUGCUCGCUGUCAUUUCCACCUUGUGUUGUUGUUACUUUAUUUCUUGGUGACUCCCGCAUAGGGACCGCUUUGUAUUUUGAGUUUACCGAAGGCUCGCUGCUGUGCUGUACUCGUUUCACUAACGUAUGACGGUUUCCCAGGUCCGUGCGAGCUGGCUUGUAGCUCCCGAACACCACACUCUUUUCUCAUGUAACUUUAUCUCAAUAAAAGCUCAUUCGUAGCGUU